AUGCGUUCGGACGCCACCUUCUUCACGUUAGCUUUAAUCAUGGCUUAUUUCGGCACCACAGCAGCCAAAGGAUGCCCAUAUUCUAUCAAAAGAUACGGAGAAGAAGUUAAAUGGGAUAUAAUUGAGGCUGGAACAAGUCACAUAAGAGUGGUUAACGGCAUCGGUGCGACCAUCAUUGCCAAGAAAAACUGCAAAUUGUCAUUAAAAGGACUGCCUCGCUUUGAGUAUACUAUCUCUCGAGGCGACAGUAUCAACCGCCAGUCCUGA